GAACCCAUGUCGACCAGCUGAUGAAGAGGAGAUUGCAAUAUCAGUAGAAGAAACCAACCCUGAUUUUGGUAUUUCAUGCAUAGUGAACAUAAGAUUCUUCCCGUGUAUUCUUUCUGCUGGUUUGGAUACUCUCAACCCCCCCACCCGAAGAAACAUGACCACUGAUUUUCUAGUCCAUAGUUAAAUGAGAGGACAACCUGAUGGUUAAAAUGUACAAAACAUGUGUGAAGAAGAACUUGCCUGAUUGCAAAGUCCCGCCCUCUGCGGUCAGAUGAGAGGAUCACUGGGGCUCUGAAGGAGCGCCCCGUCACAACCCGUCUGAUGUUGAAGCUCCAACUAAGUUUCUGUUUCAUUUCUUCAGAAAGCUUCUGAACUGAGAUGGAUUCACAGCCGGAGAGGAAGAGGAUUUCCUGUGGCGUCCGGCUGCUGCUGCUGCUGCUCACACUGUGCCUCAGCAACACACCAGCGGCCGCUGGGAGUGUGAGGGAACAUCUGGAAGACUGUCUGCAGGACAAGGACUACAAGGAGCUCCUGGACACGGUGAAGCACGGCCUUCCCCACAUCAAAACCUCCCAUCACGUGGUCAUCGUCGGGGCCGGGGCUGCAGGACUGACGGCUGCAAAGCUGCUGCAGGACGCCGGGCACAGGGUAACUAUAGUGGAGUCCAGUGGUCGAAUUGGAGGCCGGGUGGAGACCUACAGGAACGAGGAGGAGGGAUGGUACGCUGAACUGGGAGCCAUGAGGAUCCCCAGUUCUCACCGCAUCGUCCGCUGGUUUGCUGACGAGCUGGGGGUGAAGCUGAAUCCAUUCGUGAUGGAGGACAACAACACCUUCUUCCUGGUGAACGGGCUGCGCAGGAGGACGUACGCCGUGAAGGCGAACCCCAACAUCCUGAAGUAUAAAGUGUGGAGGAGAGAGAGGGGGAUGUCUGCAGACAAGCUGCUGCAGAGAGCUCUGCAGAAGGUGAAAGAUGAAGUGGAGGAUCAUGGCUGCGAAGCUGCACUACGAAAAUACGACCACUACUCUGUGAAGGAGUACCUGAGGGAAGAAGGUGGCGUGAGUCUGGAGGCGAUUCGGAUGAUCGGAGACUUGCUCAACGAACAGAGCCUCAUGCACCUAGCGCUGACCGAGAUGAUCUACAUCGAGAGCGACGUCAGCGACACCACCACGUACGAUGAGGUGACGGGCGGGACCGAUCUGCUAACCAAAGCCUUUCUCACCGUCCUCGACGUGCCCAUCCUCCUGAACUCUAAAGUCAAACGUAUCCACCAAUCAGAUCGGGGGGUUAUCGUGUCCUAUCAGACCGAUCCAGAACUUCCCCUCACCGACCUUCAUGCCGACGUCGUCCUGGUGACCACCACGGCCAAAGCCGCCCUUUUCAUGGACUUUGACCCCCCCCUCUCCAUUAAGAAGAUGGAAGUCCUGAGGGCGGUCCACUACGACAGCUCCACUAAGAUCAUCCUCACUUUCAGGAAGAAGUUCUGGUUGGAGGAUGGCAUCCGAGGCGGCAAGAGCAUCACCGACAGGCCGUCUCGGUUCAUCUACUACCCGAGUCACAGUUUCCCAACCAAUAAGACCAUCGGGGUUCUUCUGGCAUCCUACACCUGGUCCGACGACUCCCUCCUCUUCCUGGGAGCGAGCGACCAAGACCUCAAGGAGCUGGCGCUGAGAGAUUUGGAGCAGAUCCACGGGAGGAAAGUCUGGUCCCUCUGCACUGGGGUGUUGGUGAAGAGGUGGAGCGCCGAUCCUCACAGUUUGGGCGCCUUUGCUCUCUUCACCCCCUACCAGCAUUUAGAUUACUCCAAGGAGCUGUUCAGAAGCGAGGGCAGGGUGCACUUUGCUGGGGAACAUACAGCCUUCCCUCACGCCUGGAUCGAGACGUCUAUGAAGUCUGCGAUCAGGGCUGCUGCUAACAUUAACACAGAGGCAGCCAGCAAUCAACAGCAUGACGAGUUGUAGCAUCUCCAUCCUGCAAAUGAGCGUGCUGUAGUUUUAGAGCAGCGAUGCAAUAAGCAGUACUCUCCUCUAAAUGUACUUAAAGUAGCGACAGUAAAAGAAGUCAUUGUUUGAUUGGUCCAUUUCAGAAUAAUAUCUCUGAUAUGUUUUAUAAUGAUUGAUCAUUAAAGUGUUCUCAGAGCUGGUAAAGGUGCAGCUAGUUUGAAUGGCUUUGUAUACUGCAGGGUAGCUGCUGGAUUUACUGCAGGUGAACUACAGUCUGAUUUAAUCCAAAUCUGCCCGGCAACUAAAGGUAUUAGUACAUGUAGUGGAGCAAACAUAGCAUGAAAUGGAAUGAAGAACUUCAAAAAUGUAGUUUAUAGUACUUUACACCACUGGCAAUAAGAGCUCUUUAUUAAACACUCAUUUUAUUCACAGUUUAAAAUACAAUCUUGAGAUAAUAUGAUUAUUAUAGAAUACGUUUUGAAUAUAACUUUACAUUAACCAAAACCCCUGAAACAAACAUAACCCUAAAUAAAAUGCUCCCAGAACAUUAAUUCUAUUCGCCGUAACAUUGGUUUAAAAUCUAUCAGAUUAACACCAGCACCGCCAGGGCUCGCUGUUUACAUAAAACCGUCAAUGGGUCAAAUGUACCCACUGCUAGAAUGCAUUGAUUUUCAAGGUACAAUGCUCUUUCAUUUAUCAUACUAGAACACAGGGUUCUACUCUUUAAUAAAAUGAUGGGACGGCUUCACUUUCCUCGGAGGCUGGGUGGAUCGCUGUCAGAUGACCCGUCAGCGGCAGAACAAACCCAGGACACAUCACUCGGUUUAGCAGCGCUAAGGCCUCCUGUACAUUCAUGAGUCUCUUUCCUUUGUCCAUUUUAAAAGUCUCUCUACAAAAUAUGACCGGCUCUAUAAGGAACAGCAGUACACAACACGUCAAGUUUAUCUUUACACGCGAAAUAAAUAACGCGAAAAUCACUGCAUUUUCUGUAGGGGUAAAUAUUACCUGCUGGCUUUCAGGAAAAGUCACGGACUGGGAGACUUGAAUAUUUUGUUGAAACAAAGUUCCAGACAAUCAAGAAACAGCUGCGGGUCAAAUUUACCCGUUGGCGGUUCUAGUGUUAAAUUAACAUGGUGCAGGAAUGUUGUUUUUCUGUGUUGGGCCCUGAAGGCUGGAUCCCUUUACAAAAAGCCAAUGUGAUUCCUCCAUUUCAUUUUGGAUUGCUUACCAUGGGGUGGUCCAACAAAAAUACGUACAUUACUUCACACAGAAGAGUUUUCCGGCUCGGUGCAGAAACAGCAGCGGCAGCACCAGACUGCUGGGCAGACUGAACCAGUUGGCAGAGACCAGCAGUGCACAGCCUUCCUCGGGGUUCAGCAACUUUGACUGCCCCAGAGACAGACUCACGAUCAUGCCUGCGAACCACAACCCGCCUCCUUCCCCUGGCCCUGGAUCAAUCAGACUGCAGAGAACAGAAAGGCUGCAGAAGGUCAGGGCAAUUAAAGUGACGACCAAUAAGAUGAACACUGGCACCAAGUGCAAGCUGUAUCUGCACGUUAACCCGCUCAUUGCAAAGCUCAGCAGCCAAACGCACGCGACGCUGGUGUUUCGUAUUUUGACGCCACGCACCUUUUUGAGCCCCAUGUACACAACGGGGUGAACCACGGCCAGGUAUCGCUCAAUUCAGGUUAGGGUGUGAAAGCCAAUCUGUCCAAAGAAAACUAUAUAACUGACACACACCCCCGCUUUAGUGACCUCGGUGAUGUACGUGAUGCCCGCCACCCCGUGGAUCAUCUCUAUGGCGGCCAGGUGGUAGGUGAAGACGUCGGAGUGGCUCGUGGUUUCGAAGGAGCGCUGCCGCCGCCAUCGUUGGUAGCCCAAGACAAAGACGAGGAAACAGAAAGGGUAGAGGAGGAUAGAUAGAUAGAAUCGGAGGAUGAAACCCUCUUUAUUUGUCACAUGCAUGCACACAGCAGAGCACACACAGUGAAAUUAGUCCUCUGCAUUUAACCAAUCCUAGUACUAGGAGCAGUGGGCAGCUAUCGUGCAGCGCCCGGGUGAGGGUGAGCUUUGUGACGUUGAAGGUGAUGGACAUGACCACUGCCGCUGGUGAGUUUAGGCAGUGGGUCUUCGAGGAGGAAGAGGAGUUCACUGACAUCUCGGUUAAUCGCUUUUAUGGAUAAAAAAGGAGACGGGAGAAAUUAAUUAACUGACGCAACAAUUAAGACAUUUGCAGACAUCGUUUUAAAAGAAGUGGGCAUCGAAUUGAUCCCUGUGGCACACCAAGAGCGUUAUUUAAAAAGAAGCAUGUUGGAAUUUUUGGUUACAGGUUAAAUCAUGACAAAUCUUCUUCAAGUAAAAGCUUUCCCACCCCAAAGUACAGAAACAACCCGGACAAGUUCAGUAUUCACCCUGGGAUAUUAAAGCAGAUGAUUGUGUAUUGUAAUAAAUCACUUCUGCAAUUAAAUCAA